AUGGCGAUGAAACGAAAUGGAAAGUCUCCUGCCUCUUCCGACUCUUACGAAAAAGUGAUGUUCUUCAGAGAUGUCUCUCUAGGUCCCCAUGAAACUCGUCUGCGCUUUCGACUCAUCCAUUUCUGGGAGGCUCAGAACCCGGUGAAGAAGACCCUUAUUGGCCUGGAGAUGCUUCUCAUCGACGAGCAGGGAACUGUCAUUCAAGGAUUCAUCCCACCAGGACGUAUUAAGAAAUACUUGCCUGAGAUGAAGCGAGGUUCAGUUUACGAACUCAUCAACUUCUACGGAUCGAAGAACAAACCGAUGUAUCGGGUUGCUGAUCAUAUCACAACCGUGUCCUUCGCAUGGAAAUCUGAGUUGUCGGUCCUUCACGACAUUCCAAUCCCUUUUGAUGAAGACCUUUUCAGGAUGCAUUUGUAUGAGGAUUUUGAGGCCAACUGUGAUCUGAAAGGUGACGUCUAUGAUGUUCUUGGCCACAUGAAGCUGGUCGAUGGACAGAUUCUUACCGAGCGUCCCACUAUUGAUGAAGCGAAGAUCGCUACCACUCGGCACAUUAUGAUUCAUGUGCAAUCACAUGAAGGACCUGUCAUGAAGCUCUACCUCUGGGACCAGGCAGCAACGGACUUCUGCAAGAAGUUUAAGUCCUACGAAAACACUCCCACAGUUGUUUUGGUCACAGCCGUUAACACUAAACGUCUCGGAGGUACAAUGGCACUGAGUUCUAUGUCUCCCACACGGGUUUUCAUGGACUAUGAUGUCCAACCAACAAUUGAUUACUUCGCCUGGCUCUCCUCAAACCCAGAGAUUGCUAAGCAGGUUAGUGCAGAGGUGGUCACUAAGCGAGAGACGAUGACUAUAUCUGACAUAUUCUCCUACAUGACUCUGGAAUCUGCAAAGGUAAAUACUAAGCUAAAUAUUACUUGCAAAUUUUAA